UAAUUUUAAUUUUAAUUUCAAGAAAUGGGAAAUUGUCAAGCAAUUGAUAGUGCAGCUCUUGUGAUUCAACACCCCAAUGGCAAAGUUGAUAAGCUAUUCUCUCCAGUUUCCGCCGCUCAAAUCAUGAAGAUGAACCCCGGCCAUUACGUCGCACUCCUCCUCACCACCACCUUAUAUUCCUCCUCCGCCGCCGCAGGCGGCGGCGGAGGCGGCAGCGGCGCCGCCCCACUUCGUGUAACCCGGAUCAAACUUCUUAGGUCUACUGAUACUCUUCUUCUUGGCCAUGUCUAUAGGCUUGUCACAUCUCAAGAAGUGAUGAAAGGUUUGUUUGCAAAGAAGCAAGCAAAGAUGAAGCAGCAGCAGCAACCAGGUUCAUGUAGUGAGAAGUAUUAUGAGAAGAUGAUGAGAGAGAAACUAACUUCAGAUUUUGAAGCAGUAAUUAAGACUAAUGGAAUGGAGAACACUAAAAAGGUAAAGCAAAAUGAAAGGCAAAGAUCAAGAAACAAUACAAGAGUAAAUUCAGGUGUAUCAAAAUCAAGGGGGUGGCAACCAUCAUUAAAUAGCAUCUCUGAGGCUGGAAGCUGAUUAUUCUUUUUCUUUUCUUUUUUUAUUAUUAUUUUUUUUUUUUAUUUCCUGGGAUUAAAUAAUGUCCAACAGAUUCAAUCUGAACAAGGUUUACUGUUACAGAGUGUAUCAAGGAAAUGAUUUAGUAUAAUAGAAGUGAGUUUAUUGUAAAAAAAAAAGGAAAAAAAAAAUUACUCUGUCAUUUUUAAUUGUUAUGUUAGUGAUAUAUUAGUAAGAAUCAAAAUUCAAUGAUGCAUAUUUUUGCAUAUAAC